ACAUGAGUACCUGAUAAACCAAUGAGGAGAUGGGAGAGGCAGGACAUCAGUGCAAUCUGUGUCAGAAAUAGGAAUGACUUCUAUUGUAGCCCUUGGCGUCACAGACGCUCGCGAGCAGUGGGUGCAAUAAUUGAAUAACAUGGAUUUCUAAAUUUAUUUUGCAACGCUUGGGCACGCGACGUGCCCGGUCUGGUCAGCAUGUUAUGAUUAACUUAGACUCAGCAAAUGAAGAUAAAUAAAACAUUUUUCAGUGGGUUAUACUAGACUAGGUCAGUGUGUUAAUGCUGCCGGUCCCCAUGGUACUGAACAAUGUCUCGCUCAUCUAACACAUCUGUUUCAACUCAUGAAGACUGAACUAUGUCAGAGAGACGCCUAUAUUGUGCUGGGUCGGAGAAGGACUGAGAAACAUUUGAGUUAGCUGGUUUGAUUGCACAUGUGAAGAUUUGGGAUUUCUGUUUAAAACCAGGUAUACGUGGCAGAGCAAAAAUAUGUGAAACUGUCUGAGCUGACAUUUGAUUCUUUCUUGAAAGAAGGCAUGUGUGCGUUAUCUUAGGUUUGAUGGUGCCUUUAGUUAGUUAACUUGUAUUUUUCUUCAUAUUGACACUAGUCCCCUACUAUUUCACCUGGACACACAAUGUCUGUGUUUUUUGUCUUCUUCAGUUUUCAUCAAAUUCAGCAUACCAGAGGAAAGACAGUCUGACCUCAAAGUGUAUGACCAGUCUCACACAGAAAUUGACUCAGAGGUGUUUGUAGAGAUUGCAAAGGAGUCACCUGGCACCUUCUGGACCACUCUAGGCGAUGAAGGACUUGAAGCAGCCACUGGUGAAGGGAGCCAACCCAAAAGACAGUGCCGGAUAAACUGAGGCUAAAACGGAACAUUACUAUGAUCAAGAGAGUGGGUCUGGAUACAUGGCAUGUCGAUUGAAGACCAUACAAAAUAAAAGCACAUCUCCCAAAGUUGGUGGGCCAGGCCAUGGUCGACAGCCCUUCACCCGUGACGAAGUGCCAACUAACGAAGACAUCGAGGCAGCCAUUGCUGUUUUGAGAUACUCUGCUGAUGAAGACUCUGUCCGGGAGAAGAUGAAGACUGCCUUCCCUCAUUGCCAAGCAAUGGUUAAUGAUGCAGACAAAUCAGCAGAUGUCUUCCCCAGGGCAUUGGAUAUACCAGGACUGAUAGAACAAGACUUCAGGCUUCUGUUUGGUGAGGCCACAGCCAACAAGUUCUUGGAGAAGUGGCCAACCACUUUCAAGGGAAAAGUGAUGGACAGUCAUGGACUUACACCCACCACAGAACUCUUGGAAUUGAUGCGCAAUGCUGAGUCAGCUGUUGAAAAUGAGAAUGGCUGGGACAGUGACAUGGCUGCUAUCUUGCUGCUGCUACAUCUUCUACCAUCAGCUGUGCAAGGUCGUAAGAAGCCAGGACAGAUGUCUGCAUGUCAAGGGGUAGAUCAGCUCAUCAGAUUUCAAAAGGUUGUAACCAGUGUGCAGCAGCAUCUGGAUAGCAUCACCCAAAGCGGUCAGCCCUACCUUCUUGCCUUGGGAUCCACAAAGAGCAGCAUUCACUCCUACUUUGUUGUGAUCGACAAGCAUGCAAGGCAAUGGCCUCAGUAGGAACCUUUGACGAACUCUUUAAGACUCACUUCGUCGUUGGUACAUCAUACAGUUCUUGCCUGAGUAACUUCUUCACUUUUGUGCAAACAACCAUCUAUAACAUUGAUAUGGGGGGAAACAAAGGAGACUCCCCAAGUUGCUGAGUUGAGAGCAAGAAUGUUGCGUUAGUGAAGAUCUGCUAAGGUGAAAUUAUGAAGUGUUUUCUAUGCAAGACUGAGCAUACAAAUUCAGCUUCAAGUGUCAAUCAGAAAAUGAUGAUUGUAUAAUAAUAAUAAUUGUCAAGCACCUUAAAGUAAUUAAUGGACUUUGUCCAGGGAGAACUCUUUAUCUAAAAUGUGGUCAAGUGGGAUGUUCACGUUCCUUUGGUAGCUUUUCUGGUUUUAGAAAGCAUUUAAGUAAUUGCCACAUUAGCAGUUUAUUUGGUUCAGUCGGUGGUGUGGAUUUUUCAAACUCUCAAAGUACCUUUAACACUUGUAAAGGUAGUGAUGUUGGAGAAGUGUUGACUGAAAAUGUAGAGUGAGUCAGCAACGUCUUCCCCAGACAUUGUAAAUAGUUGUGCGUCUGUAAUUGCUGAUCUAAAGGCAGGAGGUGUAGGUCAAAGUACAGUUAAUUCUGUUGUGAAUUCCAUGGAAGAGAGAGUUCAUGAUAUCCAACAGCGAGCUGAAGAAACUGUCGUUAAGCAUGUUCUAUGUGAUGAAGGACAAACUGAAAUAUCCAAGAAAGGACGCAUCUUUUGAAGGGUUAGAGAAUCCUUUCACUGUGAUAAAUUCUGAAUACAAGAUGUCCACAUUUUUCAGAGAAGUGAAACUGUAGAACCAGUUGAACAUGUCAUUGGCUCAAGAUUUGACACAAGACGAAAUAAAAAGACUGGAACAUAUGACCAGACUGUAGUUCAAGACAAAUUCAUGUAUGUUCCAAUAUUGUCUACCUUGCAGUCAAUAUUCAAAUGUAAACAUGUUUCAGAGAUGUUUUGCGAUCCUAGUGACACAAGACUUGUGUGAUGGAUCUUUUAUUAGGAGUCACCCUCUUUUCUCAACAGAAAGACACAUCAUACAGAUUAAAUUGUUCUAGGAUUAUUUUAAGGUUGCAAACCCUGUGGGUUUCAAGCGAGGAUUUCAUAAAUUGGGUGCUAUAUAUUUUACUUUAAGGAACUUCUCUCCUAAAUGGAAUUCUUGUUGGGCUAACAUAUACCUGUGUGCCUUAUUUCAUGCUCAAGAUCUUAAAUGUUAUGGAUUAAGGGCAGUCCUUGCUCCUAUUGUUCGAGACAUUAAAGUGUUAGAGUGAUGGCAUUGUGGUUCCUUUAUACAGUGGUUGUGUUCAUGGCAGUGUGGUUCAGGUUACUGGCGAUAAUCUGGGUCUACAGUUUGUUUGGCCUGGUGGAGUCUUUCAGCGCAAGGUAUUGCUGUAGGCUCUGUCUUGCAGAAAAAGAUGACUCAGACAGAAUUCUCUGAAGAUUGUCCCAAGAUAGUGUUGUGAACUAAAGAAAUGCAGACUGCUCACUGUCAGGAAAUGAAUAGGAAUCCAUCUCUUCCUUACGUUUUUGGUGUGACGCAUUCGUGUUUAUUAAACUCUGAGUAUUAUCACAGAACUGAGAAAUUCUCAGUUGAUGUGAUGCAUGAUGUGUUAGAGGGUGGGUCCCAGUACGAGUUGAAGUUAUUUAUCCGAAGAAAAAACAUGUAACAUCAGCAGAAUUAGAUUUAAGAAUACAAAGUUUUGAUUAUGGAUUAAUGGAAAGAAACAAACCAGUGGCUAUGAAUUUAUGAGAAGGAUCGAAUGAUUUGGGGCUUAAUGCAAUUCAGUCACAGUGCCUACUGAGAAACGCUCCUCUUAUUUUGGGGGAUUUGGUAACUUCUACUGAACAGCACUGGGGCCUACUCCUUUUAUUACUUCAAAUAGUUAACAUAAUAUUUUCUCCUAUGUUAACAGAGUUUAUUUAAACAGUUGUUUUCCCAGAGAGAACUUUUACCAAAGCACCAUUUUCUAAUCCAUUAUCCCCGCUGCAUCUGGAAAAUUGGACCUGUAAUUCAUAGUUGGUGUAUGCAGUAUGAAGGUAAGCAUGUUUUUUUGAAACUACAAUCUUAAAAAAAUAAAAACUAUAUGGCGUAUAAUUGCCAAUCCUCUACACUUUUUAGUCAAUAAGACAUUGGUCCUGUGAAAUGGUGCCUUUGAAUAUGGUAAAAGCUGGUUCUAUGAUUGCUAUGGCAAUGCAAGUGCCCAUUAGCACUCAGGUUAUGAAAGUGGACUGGGCUAAAUACCAUGGCUUUGUUUACCGCCCAAGCAUGUUAUGUUGUAAAAUUGAAUUUGAAAUGCCUCCGUUUUAUCAAAUGGAAAAGUGUU